UUAACGCUCAUUUAACGUUUUAUUAUAUAUUACGAACGGUAAUAUUCAUGAACCUUGUAUUCAAGAUUGAUUAUAAACAGUUUUAAGUUCGUAUUUAACAUAUGAUCUUGGAAUAUAAAAAAUAUGUAGCGUAUAUUGUCGACUGCAGUGAAUUUAAACCUAAUUCUGGUUUCGAGAUGGUCGAAAAUAUCAAAUGACAUGCGGUUCGCAAAAAAAUAAAAAAACAAACCUAUUAUAAUCCAUUAUGCGAACGUCGUAGUACGGAGAGUUUCUCGUCUCGGAUCUUUGCCAAUCCGCGACAUAGUACCAUCUGAUCUUUCUCCGGCGACGGCGGCGACUUCGGCUCCGCUGCUAUGUUCAAAGCGGAUGGUGGUGCGUGAAUGGGACGUGACUGGUCGCAUUUUCACAUGGUACUUGUAGCGAUAGACGAUACGACGACGUUCCUGAAGCAUUCCGGGAUAAUUGCGGGAAGAGUAACACGUCAUGAACGCGUUAAUUCAUACAAAAACGAUAAUCACCGGUCACGGUGGAGUUAUUGUUCGACGAUAUUCCCCGUUUAAAUUAUGGUAUAAUACCAAUCAUACUAUGGGUGGUAUAGCUAUAAUUUAUACAGAUUUGAGAAAACCAAGAUUAUUGCUGGAGCCUACAGUAUCAUCAACAUAUAUUAAUAAUAAAAAUAUAACAUGUCUGCAAAUUCGUAAUUUUUAUGUAACUCCAAAUUGGAAUGGUCAAGAGCCAUCAUCAAAAAUUGAAGAAACAGUGAAGAGCAUCAAGGAAGAGAAAGAACUUAAAGAUAAGAUGGUAGACAGUGUUGCAAAAGAUAGUCAAGUCAAACAAGCUGUCGCUAAAGUAUCAGUGUGGCAAAAAAUUAAAAGCGAAAUAUUACAUUAUUAUCAUGGUUUCCGAUUAUUGGGACUUGACAUGAAAGUGUCAGCAAAAUUAAUAUGGAGAAUUUUACAUGGGAAAGAGCUUAGCAGGAGGGAGCAUCGUUUGCUGAUAAAAACAACCGGGGAUAUGUUUAGAUUAAUUCCAUUUUCCGUUUUUAUUAUUGUUCCAUUCAUGGAAUUUUUAUUGCCAGUGGCAAUUAAAUUAUUCCCUGGUAUGCUGCCUUCUACUUUCCAAACGGCGACUGAAAAAGAGGACAAACUUAAACAAGCUUUAAAGGUCAAGAUAGAAAUGGCAAAAUUUUUACAAAAAACGUUGGAUGAAAUGGCAUUACAAUCGUCAGAUCACAAGUCCCAGAAAGCUAAAGAGUUUGCAGAAUUUUUCUACAAAGUACGGACAUCUGGCACCGUAGCAACCAAUGCAGAAAUUAUGAAAUUUAGCAAAGUUUUCGAGGAUGAAAUCACUCUAGAUUCCCUCUCACGACCGCAAUUAAUUGCUUUAUGCCGUGUAUUAGAUGUACAAACGCUUGGAACUACCAAUUUCUUACGAUUUCUACUUAGGAUGAGACUCAGAAGUCUUACUGCGGACGACAAACUAAUUGAGAAAGAAGGAGUCGAUACAUUAACCAGAACCGAAUUGCAACAAGCUUGCCGAGCACGUGGUAUGCGUGCUUAUGGAUUACCAGAAAGCAGGUUAAGGGAACAAAUAUCGCAGUGGUUGGAUUUGAGUUUAAAUAAAAAGGUGCCACCUUCUUUGCUACUGUUAUCACGAGCACUUAUGAUACCGGAGACGGUACCUAUGUCAGACAAGCUGAAAGCAACUAUUUCGGCUCUGCCUGAUGCGGUUGUGGCUCGCACACAAGGUGCUAUUGGAGAGAAAGAAGGCAAAGUGGAUCAUAAGACUAAUAUCGAGAUUAUAAAAAUGGAAGAACGCAAAAUCGAGGAAGAAAGAAAGGAAAAGAAAGAAGCCGAACCACAGCCAACUGUUUUGGAAUCUACUACUAAAGCAGAAGAUGAAAUUACUACCACAGAUGUCAAAGUUUUGGAACAAGCUUUGGAUUCAAUCGGCAAAGAUAAUAAAAAUCUGGCUGUAGAGAAAGAGGAAAUCAAGGAACUGAAAGAAGAAAUGGCAGAAUAUCAAGAAGAUAUUAAGGAAUUAGAUCAAAUUAAAGCAGAGGCAAGAGGUCAAACAGAUAUAGAAGAUAUUAAAGUAUCAAAAGGUGCUCGUAGAUUAUUCAAAAAGGUAAACAAAAUGAUUUCAAAAAUGGAUGCUGUUUUGUUGGAGCUCGAGCAAUCUGAGAAAAAAGUUAAACAAAGAAUUGAGUCAUUGGGUCCUGAUGGGAAACGAAAUGACAAAGAUGUGGAAGAAUUAGUUAAAAUAGAUGAACUGGUUGCUGCCAUUAAGCAAAUUCAAAGUGUACCCGAUGACCAUCGCUUAAAACGCAUAGCAGAAAUUUUAGGAAAAAUUGAUGACGAUCACGAUGGUGCUAUAAAAAUAGAAGAUGUCUUAAAGGUCGUAGAAUUGAUAGGUAAGGAAGAUGUUAAAUUAAGCAAAGAACAAGUAGAUGAAUUGAUAGAUUUAAUGGAUAAAGAAGAAGAAUUGGGGGUAGAGGAACAAAUACAAAAAUCGUUACAAAAGGAUUCCAUGACGUCUGAAACAGAAAAGAUUACAAAAGCUACGCAUAAAUCUACAGUUCCAGCCACGCCGGUAACAACCGAGCCAGGAUUUGGAAAAGAAGAAUUAGUAGACGAUGCUGUCAGCAAAACUUACGGAAGUUCAUGUACCGAAGAGGACAAGCAGAAAUCAACUGCCAUUCUUAAAAGUAAUUCGAAAUCUGAUGAGGUCAAAAAUCCUCCAAUUACAUCAGGUGUUUCACAAACAGCGAAAAAGGCAGAAGGUUCUAAACAACUGUGAUUAGCGCACAAUAAAGUAUAAAUUAAUAUAUGUAAUUAUCAGCAAUAUUUUUACCGAAGUGAUGUUUGAUAUAGAUCUUCAUCUGUGUAUAUCCCAUAUAUUUUCUUUAGAAAAUUUUUUUUCUGCAAAGUACAAUGGGAAAGAAAAAUCUUAUCUUAAAACAAGGCGCAAAGAUUUCAUCGUAUAAUUGGAUAUCGCGAUUAUUUAAUAAUUGAUAAUGAUAUAUUGUACAUAAAAACAUAUAUAUAUAUGUAUAUGAUAUAUUAUUUAUAAUAUUUGAGUAAUAGUGACACUUGGCGCGAGCCACUACCGUGUCUCUUGAUUUCUAACUUCAUAUAUUAAUUGCACAUAUGAAAAUCCAAAGUUUCCCAUUGAAGACUAUGAUGCAUUUAACAGCAUCAUUUAUUAUUCUCGUUUAUCCAUAACGAUAUAAUUGUGUUGAUCAUAAAUGCAUCGUUAAAACAUUUUUUUGUAAUUAAUUGUCGAUGUUUAAAGAAACGAAUAGAAUAUAGUUUACUUAAACUUAAACACUAACAAUACAUUACAUAUAUAAAGAAAAAUGUUUUCCAUUACAGUUUCAAUAAGUCUAUAGGGGAUUAAUCAUUCCAACUGUCUUAAUGUUGUACAUUUAAUACAUUAAUACAUUAAGCACAUUAACCCCACUUGUAAGUCAAAAUAAUAGUCUUCAAUCGUAUUGUCUUGUAACUCUCACAUUAACAUUGCAAACUAAUUGGCUUUAAUAUGUGAAGCGAGAUAAAUGUACAGUAAUUUAUAAUUUUAUUUUCAUUUAUAAACACAGGAAAGCAAGAAUAUAAUCAUUUAUUAUGAAAAAUAGAAUACUAUUUAUACUACAUAGAGUGUUAAAUUUAUAAAAAAAUAUAUUAACAAAAUAAUUCUAUGUGACAAAAUGUCAUAUCGAUUUUGAGGUCCUACAUGUAUAUAAAAAAAUGAAAAAUAUUGAUUUCAUAUAAUGUUAAUUAGACGAAAACUACAUCUAAAAUGUAUUAUAAAAAUAUGAAUUCAGAAAGAACACAGAGAGAUCUAUUUCUUUACUUCUGCGCAUGAAAGUCUAAAUGUAAUAUGUAAAAACAUGUAUUAUUUUUUUAAAUUUUUAUAGAAUACUCUUUUAAAAGAAAUAAAAUUGUGAAAUUAAGUGUUCUAAAAAA